AUGAGAUUUAGAAUUUUAAUUUCUCUUUCAAUAAUAAAAGUUGGUGUUAAUUAUAUUUCAGAUAAAGGAUAGCCAUUUUAUUAACAAUAAGAUUAUGAAUUAAUAAUUUAAGAAACUUUAUUUCAUAAAGAAGAGCAAGAAAGGUCUGUAAAAUAAAGAUAAUUUUAAUAAGAAAUAAAGUGUGAAUAUAUUUUAUAAAGUUAGAUGCAUUAAUCAAGUUAUGAAUUAUAAAAAGGUAGGUUAACAGUCAGUCCCUUGA